AGAAGCGCCGUCUGCAGCCGCGACGCCAUUUGCCACUGCCAAGCGUGGGCACAGGCGGCUCUCGGAAGCACCGGCGACCAGCCUCUUCCGAGCACGCUUCUCGGCCUCCCGCAUAGUCUUCAUCGCGCGCGUUUCUCCGCGUCGCCCCUCGGAGUCACCGCCGCUCCUGCCGCCUUCCGGAGCACGGUCCCACACGCCGCCUGCCCGUUUUUGCCGCCAUGCCCAAGAAUAAAGGAAAAGGAGGUAAAAACAGACGCAGAGGAAAGAAUGAGAAUGAAUCUGAAAAGCGAGAGCUGGUCUUCAAAGAGGAUGGGCAAGAAUAUGCUCAGGUAAUCAAAAUGUUGGGAAACGGACGAUUAGAAGCAAUGUGUUUCGAUGGUGUAAAGAGACUAUGCCACAUCAGAGGGAAGUUGAGAAAAAAAGUUUGGAUAAAUACCUCAGACAUCAUAUUGGUGGGCCUCCGAGAUUACCAGGAUAACAAAGCCGAUGUCAUUUUAAAAUACAACGCAGAUGAAGCUAGAAGUCUCAAGGCGUAUGGCGAGCUUCCAGAGCAUGCUAAAAUCAAUGAAACUGAUACAUUUGGUCCUGGAGAUGAUGAUGAAAUUCAGUUUGAUGACAUUGGGGAUGAUGAUGAAGACAUUGAUGAUAUCUAAAAUGAACUCAACAUUUGACAUUCCAGUCCUUCUGAAGAUUGCCCUGCAAGUUUGGAAUUGAUCAUAGACGUUCAGGAAAAGUUUUCACAACCAUGAUUGUAAUUUGUUGAGGCAGACUUGAUUCAAUACUAAGGUCGCUUCUUUCAAAACUGAUAAUAUCUUAACUGUUAGGUUAAGCCCACUUUGUUCAUUUGAUGUAAUGAAACUCAAGAAGAUCAUGUAAGAAAAAAAAAUACAUUACUGCCUUUCCUACUUUGACCCCUUCCAGUAAGUAAAUGGAUGUUUUGAAUAAACCAUUUGCCUUGUACUCAUUAUAAACUAUGAUUAAGCCCUCCUUUUGCAUAGCUGUUGACUGUACAGUCUUUGUGUAUAUUCCAGUUGCCCAGAGAUUUUGAUACAAAUGGAGGCAGAAAUCUGUUUUGUGUUUUGUUUUGUUUUGUUAUAUUUUGAGACAGAGUCAAACUUUGUAUCUGAAGCUAGCUUGGAGUUCACUAUAGUCCUAGUGGACCUCAAACUCACUAUGAUCCUCUUUUCUCAGCCUCCUGGGUGCUGAGAUUAUAUGUAUGUACCACCACACCUGGCAGAAAUCUAUUUAAAGGCAAAAAUGAUAGGUCUGCUUUUCAUAUUUAAGUCUGUGGCUAUUUUUAUACUAGUUUUGAUAACAUGUAAGUUCUUUUCAUGAUUUUAUUCUGCAGUCAUCAACUUACUGGGGGAGGAAAGGCACUUCCAAAAUGUUUUUAGAAACUGGUUUUUAAUGCCAAUUUUGAAUUAAGGUCAGUAGUUACAGAAAUUGAACACUAGGUGGUGCUCAGUUGUCUUAACAUUGGAAAUACUAUUUUAAUUAUUGAGAUGGUUUCCUUUCACAACUAGUGUGUAUAGGAAAUUCCCAAACAAGGAAAAGAUUGUUUUACUCAUAUGCGUAGAAUGUUUUUAACAAAAAGAAAGAUUAUGUUGGGGUAUUGCUUUUUCAGGAGUCUUAUUCACAUAAGCUACAAUUGAGUGCUUUAUAAACACAUAAAAUAUAUAGGCAAGUGAAGAUUUAAGUUCAUAACAAUAUAUUAUAUGACAAAAGUAUAAAUUAAUGCUUUUUCAGGCUUUCCCUGAACUGGGGGAAAAUGAGGGAAUAACAAACGUAAGCCUGAUAGAAUGGCAUGACCUGUAACCCUGCAUUUGUGAGGUCCAGGCAGGAGGAUCAAGAGUUCAAAAACAAACUUAGUGAAAAGAUGUUUUCUCAUUUCUGAAUCUAAGACCUGUUUCUGAAAAAAAGAGCAUGCUACAGAGGCUUGUAUACUCUGACUUUACAUUUGGGACAAGUUUACUGUGUAGACAGUCUGGGGAGGGCCCAAGGGGGUCCCAUUGUCUUUCUACGGGGAAUUUAGGUUUGCUCUUAUUUAGGAGUUACUACAGUUAGAGCUGGGCUAGUCAGAAUUCACUGUACACACUGAAAGCAUGCAAGUUUAAAACCGAGAUCCAUCAUGCACCUUGUGGACUUUGUAUUCUACUAGCAUCCAGAAAACUUUUCAUUAAUGAAAAGUAAUACACAAAGGAAUGCACCUUUACAUGGUUUCAAAAAAACAAGAUCUUCUCUAAUCUCCCCCCACCCCACCCCACCCCUUUUUUUUUUUUUUUUUUUUUUUGAUUUUCGAGACAGAGUCUCUGUAUAAUAGUUUAGCUGUCCUGGAACUCACUGUGUAGACCAGGCUGACUUUGAACUCACAGAGAUCCACCUGCCUCUGCCUCCCCAGUGCUGGGAUUAAAGGUGUGCACCACCCCCUGCUCUAAUCACUUUCUUUUUUUUUUUUUUUUUCUGUUUUUCGAGACAGGGUUUCUCUGUGUAGCUUUGUGCCUUUCCUGGGACUCGCUUGGUAGCCCAGGCUGGCCUCGAACUCACAGAGAUCCACCUGGCUCUGCCUCCCGAGUGCUGGGAUUAAAGGCGUGCGCCACCACCGCCCGGCUCUAAUCACUUUCUUAACUAUGACUUCAUCUCAGGUUUUCCUACUUAGCUUCAAAAUCAGAGGUAUCAUAACAACAGUAGGGAAGAUGAAGUGAUGUAGUCUGUUUCUUAUUCUGAGGAGUUUCCUAGUGAUUCUCUAGGCAGAAUGUAUCUGAGAACAAGGGCUUAAACUAGCCCUUGUCUUCAUCAGUAAUUAGACCUCUGGACCUUAAAAGUGUUCACCAGCUGGAUGUGGCAUACACCUGUGAUCCCAGCACUGGAGGAUUUUUGUUGAAUAGCAACCAGGGCUACAUAAGAUGCUGUCUCAAAAGCAACAAUAAAAAUGAAAAACCAUUUUUACUGAAUUUGCAGUGUAUAUAGUUAUGCAUUAGUUUAUGAGCAGUGUUUUAACUCUACAUGGGUGAUACAGCUCAAAGGCUGAUUUUCUACUUCCUAUAACAAACGGGAUUUGGAGGAUUUUCAGAAGUUACAUAUGAGCCCGUUUCCUGUACCUUCUGGUGGUUUUGUCUCUUUUCUUGCCUAAAUAGUAGCAGCGUUAAUGAGUGCUCCUGUAUCCCGGACGAUGUGGAGUCAUUGGUUGAAGAUAGUUGAAUACAGUUGUCUGGUAUGCAAACGCUACCUGGAAGAGUUCUUUGCCGUGUGUUUGCUAUGGGAGUUGAUUCAUUUUUAUUUCAAAUAAGGAAUGGAAGUGGUCUUCAAGGAAAUUGAGGUUUUUUUUUUUAAUUUGACUUCUAUAGUACAACUCUAUAAAGCAGUGCCCAGAAAGAAAAAUAAAAUGUUUGAAAUAUAAGAAUUAUGCGAUUUUGUUUUUGUGGAGGGGGGGAGGUUUGUUUUUGUUUUUUGAGACAGGAUCUCAUGUACCCCACUCUGGCCUUGAAAUACCAACAGCUGAGGCCGGCCUUGAACUUCUGAUCCUCUGCCUUUACCUCCCAAAUGCUGGGGUUAUAGGUGUGUACAAGCACACCCAACUAGAAUAAAGCCUCUUCCUGCUAAGAUGGUGUAACAAGUUAAUGCUCAUCAAUUAGACAGUCUCACACCAAGCUCUUGAUCUGAUCCCCAACACCACAUAAGUGAGCCAGUUUGAUAGGGUUUGUUUUUCACGAAGUUUAUUCCUGAUAGAGCAUGAGCAUGGUGUGUUGCUAAAGUGAGUAAGUAGCCACACCAAGCGUCUGUAUAAAAAGACUUGCCAAGAUUUAGUCGUUUGCCUGUUGAAUCUUUCUUAACCAUCUUAACUUUUAAGAGAACUACUUUUAGGAGACUACAAAGUAUUUGUGACAGGAAUUUUUAUAUUUCAUUUGGAAAAUAGCCAUCGGUUUACUCAUCCCAUGUAUGGAAUCAUAGCUAUAAAUUGUCACUUAAAAAUUGUGACUUGUAAUGUUACUUAAUCGCGAUUGUCUUAGUAAACUUUACUGUGUUGAACAACAUCUCUAAUAGGUAGAAACUGUCAGUGUUGACUGCAGAGUGAGUAAUCAAAUAGAUAAAAGCAUGUUUUAAAUAGCUAGAUUUCUACUCAAUUUGUAUUCUGUACAGAUUUAAUGAUGUCCAUUAUAAACUGCCUUUACAGUUAAAGUAUCAGGAUGAAGACAGUUCUGUUAACCUGCCUUUCAUAAAGAUUAAAAAGAUUUGUAUUAGUGUGUGAUAUUCAUCCUGCUCAGUAAGGAUAAGUUUCAUUUAUAUGCUGGUAGGACUCGCAUGGACUUUGACACACUAUAUUCAUGUUUGUGGUUUACCUUAAACCAUCAUUUUCCAUCCUUGUUCAGAAAAGAACAAAAUCUGCAUUAAGUUGUAUUACAAGUGUAAGUAAACACUAGACUGAGCAAUUAAGAGACUAUACUGGUCACCUCUACCAGUUUCUUGAGAGACAGUGUGCUAGAAAUAGAAAAGGAAGAACAUGGGUCCUGGGAUCAGUUGUCCUGUAUCCCAACCACCGGUCAGCCCUAACAAGUAUCUACCACUACCUUUCCAGCUUGCCUCAGCUUCACAGGCCUGUCCUGGGAUAUAUGGAGGAUAACAACACCUACUAUAGAAUUAGUGGAGGAUUAGUAACAGACGUUUGUAUGUGUGACACACUUGGUGUUUGCUUUUCACAUGGAAAUCCAGGACCAUGUAAGACAGAAGAUGCAUGUCUCCUGUGUUCACUGUGUACCAUAUCUUGCUUGCAGUCUUUAAUUACUGUGAUAGAAUGAACGUGUAGAAUAUAUAUUUGUAUUGUGUGGACACUGCAGUUGCUACCACACCAUCCUUAUUUAAUUCAGCAGGUGGGAGUCUCUAAGUUGCUUGCAGCUAUUUAUGGAAUUCCAACCGCUCUAUAUUUCUUCAGAGAAAGUUUAUAGUUACUAAUAAUGCUGGCUGUGGUAAUGUGUCAUUUAUGCUUUAAUGAGUCCUUUUGCUAUAGAGUCCCAUCCGUGGAACAAUGUAAAGAAAUCAGAUGCAAACUACAGCAAUUAGAAAAUAAAACACGAAAACAACCCAA